AGCAAAAUCAUAAAAAUCAUCAAAAUCGCUUGAACCAAACCCUUAAUUUUGUUCCCCAAACCCUAAAACCCCCAAUUCAUCACUAAUAAUUCUACCAUUUUGGGGUUUUGUUUCUGUUUCAGUUCUUCAAUCAAAAUGGCAGCAACUGCACCGGCAAUCUCUCAGCUUUCUUGCUUUUCUUCCAUCAACCGCAGAUUUCAGCUGCAGUCACGAUCCAUUUUCUGCCCAAUCCCUCGCUCUAAGUCAUUUAUUGUAAUGACGCUUGAUGAGCGUGGCUUGGACUCUAAUGGUUCCCAGCUUAGAACUAAUGCAAGUAUUGCAGCUGAAGAAUCAGAACCUUUUAUGGGGGAGGCAAAAAAGUCACAUGUGAAUGCAGAUAGCCAUGUUCCUGAUCCUGAAGUAAUUGGGGUGAGUGAGCCAGUUUUGGAAGAGGGAGUUAACCAACAAACAAGAGCAGCGAAAAUUCAUGAUUUCUGUUUCGGCAUUCCUUAUGGUGGCAUUGUUCUAAGUGGGGGACUUAUUGGCUUUAUAUUCUCAAGAAAUCCCACUACUCUACUCUUUGGAGGUGCUUUGCUAGCUCUCAGCACCUUCAGCUUGAAGAUCUGGAGGCAAGGAAAAUCAAGUUUACCAUUCAUUCUUGGGCAAGCAGCACUAGCAGGAGUCCUUCUGUGGAAGAACAUUGAGGCCUACUCAUUGACUAAGAAGCCAUUUCCAGCUGGGUUUUAUGCUGUCAUAAGUGCCGCAAUGCUGUCCUUCUAUACAUAUGUGGUGAUCUCUGGUGGAAACCCACCCCCAAAGAAGAAGUUGAAGCUGGCUGCCAGUGAGCAAUCAUGACUACAGCUCGUAAGAGUCACGUCAAUUAGAUGAAGGUUAGAAUCCUUCAUGUUAUUCACCUAUCACCAUCUGAACAGUUAUUAAUGUUGAAUAAGGAGUAGAUACAUCAUCUAUUAAAUGCAGACUGCAAGCGAAGAGGGUAAAAGAUUAAUAAGUCAUUAAGUGACUUUUUCAUGUAGAAGAUUAAUAAGUCAUUCAGAUUCAAUAGCAUAAUCUAGUUCAAAGUUCAGAGUCACCUACUCACCUUCUAUGAUAGAGGGGUAUGGACUCUCGACCAUGUUGAUCUGUAAUCUGUAAGAGGAGGAAUCACAUGGUAUAAUCUCAAAAGUUUAAUAUUAUAGUUGAACAAUAUUACUCUCACUCUCCCACAGGGAGUAAUGUCUAAGU